AUGGCAUCAGGAGGAACUACAACCGGUGUCGCUGCUAAUACAUCAAAUGAAUCGAAUACUGGUCGAAUUGAUGUUGUUUCACUGAUUGUCCUUGUAUCUUAUCCUAAACAUUAUCGUAUAUUUGCCGAAAAAGAAUUGGUUCUUGAAAUACUUCCAAAUGCAGCUGAGUCAGCAUUUGUCUGGUUUGGUAAUUAUUCGGCUGAAAAAGACGAACAUCCACUUCUCUAUAUGGAUGUUAUAAGUAAAAUGAUUCGUUUGGGUUAUCAAAUAGCGGCAUCAACUGGUGGUGGUGGUAAUCCAGCUAUUGGAGAUAAUAUGUCAACUCAUACAUCGCAUUAUAUUUUGAUUCGAAAACGAGCAUAA